CGCGCCUUCAGCCUGUCUGUGGCGAGCACGCGCGGCCUCGGUUUCGCUUCGCGAGCGCUCCUUCCUGCCGUGUCACCUGACUGACCACAGGCGCCACUUCCGGCAGUCGCGGGCCAGAACGGGACUCGUUCCGCCUGGGCCGUUGGUCGCUUAGUUCUCCUCCGCGAGAUAUGGCAGAGACGGUGGUGGACACGCGCCGGCUGCAUAGUAAGCCGCAGAACCUGAACGACGCUUACGGGCCGCCCAGCAAUUUCCUGGAGAUCGAGGUGUGCAGCCCUCACACGGUGGGAGUGGGCCGGAACCGGUAUACUACCUACGAGGUGCGUCUGAAGACAAACCUUCCCAUUUUUAAAUUGAAAGAGUCUUGUGUCCGCAGAAGAUACAGUGACUUUGAGUGGCUAAGAAGUGAGCUUGAAAGGGAGAGUAAGGUGGUUGUGCCAGCUUUACCUGGGAAGGCUCUCUUUCGUCAGCUUCCAUUCAGAGGAGAUGAAGGAAUCUUUGAUGACUCUUUCAUAGAGGAAAGAAAGCAAGGGCUUGAACAAUUUAUAAACAAGCGGCUCUUGUGGACCCGACAGUGGACGGGAGAUGCCGAUUCAAAGCGGCAUAUGGAGUCCUUGCCUUACAAAGGGGUGGAGUUGUUUGGAGACGGCCUCUCGGAUCUUGUCUCUACGGCUACGGCUGGGUUGCCGGCCACCCUUUGGCACAGAAUGAACGGUGCCUUCACAUGUUUUUACAGGAUGAAAUCAUAGACAAGAGCUACACACCGUCCAAAAUAAGACAUGCUUAACCACUGGAAAAUAAGUGAAAUUUUAUGACUCUAAAUAUUAUUUUAUGAAUAUCGUCGGCAUGUUACCUUUUGCUGUAAUAAGUAACAUACUAACAACUUUAUUACUUUAAAUCGUUGCUUUUUCUUUCCACUCUGGGAUCCAGUUCACUUGCUGCGAAAGUAAAUAAUUAAAUACACUUAAUCGCAAGGUGCUUUGUGGCAAGGGCUCUAAAAAGUGUGAUUUAAACUGUAAUGUUCUCGCACUGUACCUUUUAUGUACUCUGAACCAAAUUUCACACCAGUCGAUCUCACUAUUAAGAUGUCCUUGAAUAUCUCAAAUUUGAACUGUGAUCAGCCAUGCAUUCACAAAAGUUUGCAUAUUUCCACAUGCAUAUGGAAGGCAAUUCUUGGUCCAUAGAAAGACAGCAGUGUUAACUGAGUUGUAUUCAGUUGUGUUCAGGUCUUCCAGAGAGAGCCUAACUAUGGGCUUCACCAUUUCUCACCGUUUGGUAAUAAGAAGAACUUUGGAGCUUUUAUGUCAUUAGCCUCUCUGAGUCCGCUUACGUCAGACAUUCUGCAGUGUUGUUUGCCUGUCAUUUCUCCUGUACUCUGUUUAUGGGUAGAAUAAUGUCUUGUCUUGUCCCCCCAUCUCCUUGUGUUUCCUGUUGCUUAUUGAGAGCUAUUUUGUCAUUUUUCAAGUGGCUGGUAAUUUAAUUUUUGCCUUUUUACAGUUGAGGACAAUGAAAUGGUGUUUGUUUUGAGGACCAAAAUUACUUCUCAUUAAUCACUGGUUUGAUUGUAACUGUUGCUCACUGUAGUUGCCUUUUUAUGUUCUUGCCACAAAAGCUUUUCACCUUGGCAGUUAAGCUACUUGUGGGAUUGCUAUAUUUUUUUUUUUUUUAUUAAGUUGAGAAAUCUAAAAUACACUUCUCCGUUCAUAUACUUGUAUUGUUUAAUUCGUAUCUGUCUAGCAAUAGUUUGGCAGCUAACUGGCACUAACUUUGAAUCUCACUCAAGUUUUUCUGCUGCGUUAUCGUCCUAUUACAUUUACUAUGCGGACACCUGCUACUCUGUACUUUGUAUCUUUAAUGUGUAAUGUCUACACAUUAAUAUACUUCAAUGCUUGCAAAAGACUUUAUUAAAAAUUGUUACAUGGAAAUUACUUUAUACAAGUAUAAAAAAAACCUUUAUAUGA